AUGUCGCUCUCUCUCUAUCGCCGUAUCCUACGUGUAGCCCGAACGUGGAAAGGUGGUAGUGAUGGCUCGAAAGAGCAAAAGUGGAUUCGAUCUGAAGCCAGGAGACGCUUUGAAGAGAACCGUACGUUAGUCGAUCCAUUUGCAAUCGAAGAAGCGAUUGAACAAGGACAUAAUCAAGUGGAUGUAGCAUUGCACUAUAAGAUUUGUUAUCCACGACCACACUAUGUGGAUCCAGGGACAAUGGGUGGAGAGAGUGAGUUUCAUCGACAAUCAUCACGAGUGAAUGCAAGACGUGGACGAUUACAUAAGAGCAAAGUAUUGAAUGAAUAUCGUUCACGAGAUGAUCGUUGA